AUGGAGGUCAGUAGCAGCAGUGAUAGCAUGGAGGGAAUAGAAGGUUUUCAAGGUAUUAGCAGUAAUGCAACGGAAGAGAUGAAGGAUAGUUAUGACAUGAGUUACAGCAGAAUAUUAUCUUCUUCAGGUCCCAUGAAUUGUUCUUUCUUAACUGAAGAAUUUGUAGAGGCAUCUCCAAGUGAGUGUGCAGCAUAUGAGAAAUAUCUGAAUCUCUCAGAGUUCACUGCAAUCUGGAAAUCCAGGGAAUGGCAUGGUUGGCCUGCAGAGCUGCUGGUAAAAACUGCCUUGCAGUCACUGGAAAUGACUUUCAGAUUAAUUUCAUCAGUCCUGUGUGACACAAGGCCUUAUAUUAACAGAGAAGAGUGGAAAAGAAGGCUUGAAUCCUUGACUGCUUCUCAGCUUGAAUUAAUAUCUGUGAUUUGUGAAGGUGAUAAGGAUGCCCCCACAGUUCAACUGUCUGUAAGUAAUGGUGUUAUUGCUACUAAAGUUGGCCAAGAGGUAUGGCAGAGACCUGGGGCUUUGCCUGUGGUUAGCAGAGUAAGUCAAGAGAGUUUACUACCUCGCUUGGGUACAUGGAAAAGGGCUGAACAUAUGGUUUCUAGAAUAUGGCUUGUAAUUGAAACUCAUAUGCAGAGAGCCCCUUUUACAUUAGGCCUUGGGGAACCAAAUCUUUCAGGCAAGCCUAUUCUUGAAUAUGAUAAGAUCUGUAAGCCAAGCUAUCUGUAUUCCUUCAGGCAAUCCUCACAGUUCCACAAUGCAGAGGAUCACACGCUUUGUACAGUCCAUCAGAUCUUUGAGGCCUGGUUGUUUGUAGCCCAUCUGCUGCUGAGGAGAAUACAUCAAAGGAUAGACCAUGAAGAUUCAGUAGGAGCAUCCAAAGACUGCUGGACAAUUGAAAGGAUUUGGCAAUUGCUUACAGACAUUCAGAAUCUGUUUCUGUUGGUGGAUCCAGAUGACUUUCUUUGCCUUAAACACCAAUUGUCCAUCAACAGGGCUACUAGCUCUAGUACCUCCAAGGGUGCAUACUGCCUUAAAUCUACUGCUCUGAGAAGCCUUACAGAUGCAUGCAAGGAACUAAGAAAUCUUGUGCCAAAAGUUAUGGGUGUUGAGGCUGAUCCAAAGGGUGGACCUAGGCUUCAAGAAGCAGUCUUGGAGUUGUUUCAUUCUCAUAGACACACAAGAAGAGAAAGCCCAAAUGGUGAAACUUCAUGUGGGAUUAUUCACAUUUUAUUGGCCUUCCAGGGAAUUGAAGCUGCAGUGAAGAGAUUUUUCUUCUCAUUUCAGCAAUUGGUAAUUGCAGUCAUGAGCAGUGCUGAAAUGAAUCGAACAACAUAUUUAGGUGCAUCUGAUGCUCUCACUCAGAUAUAUUCCGAGCCUCCUUUUUUCCCAAGUGUGGAUGGUGCCAAGAUAUUCCUAAGUGACUUUUGGAAGCACAGAACUAUAGCCAUGGGGGAAUGCAUGCAAAAACCUGUGGGGAAAUCAAAUGAAGCUACAAGAAAGCAUGAACAUCAAUAUGUAAUUCCUUGA